CGAGUUGACGAGUAAGCUCGCGACCGGCAUUGCGAGCUCGAGCGAGUUGACGAGUAAGCGCGCGACCGGCUUUGCGACUGAACCGGUCAGUCCAUGCAAGUUGAUGCAACGUACACGUGAGAAGACAGUGUCACACCAUCGGCCCAAGGCAUGCCAGGAAGGCGAAAUGCGCCGCCCCUGUUGAGCCAAGGUGUAUUUCAGUGAGGAGUCUGGGAUUUGAGAUAGGAGAGACGGGGAGCGCAGAGCAGAGGAGAGUAAAGGGCGUUUACGCCGUGUUUUUCCGCGAGGGGAAUUUUCCCCGCAAAGGUAAUCUGGAGCAACAACGAUGGCGUCGAAAACCCCACGGGACUCUGUGCUAGGUUGGGAUGCCUCUCUGAACGGCCUGCUGACGGCUAUGGCGCGGUUGACGUCAACGUUUUUGGUUCUCGGACUGCUUCUUUGUCUGGCCAUGCCGCUGCCGGCAUCUGCUUUCCCUACGGAAGUAUCGGAGGCAGAGCGGAACGCCAUCCGCAUGAAAUUCGAGAGUGAAGUGCAGACGGUAGGCAGCCAGGUCAGCGGCGGUCCUGCCGCUCCUUCCGUUCCGAUCAGUAGGUCAUGGGUUCGACUCCCGAAGUGUGAUUCCACUGUUGCAACCGACGGCGGAGGUAACUUCCGCACCAUACAAGCUGCCAUUGAUGCGGUUCCCCGUGGCCGAGGGCAGACGAGAUGGGUCAUCUGUGUGUCGAAGGGCACCUACAAGGAGAAGGUUAAAGUACCCAUCACUGCGUCCUACGUCUCUCUCUGGGGCGCUCCACUAGACGCUACUCAAGUCACCAUUCAGUGGGGGGACACAGCCGCCACUCCAGUCCCAGGUGGCACCCCUGGUCAGAAGCUUGGUAGCUAUGACUCGUACACAUUUGCCAUUGAGGCCGAACACUUCAGUGCUCUCUACAUCACCUUCCAGAACACUGCAGCUAGGCCAAAGGAUGGCGACCCCAAUGGGCAAGCCGUAGCCGUACGCACGAGCAAUAACUACCAGGCGUUCUACAAGUGUCAGUUUCGUGGCCAUCAAGACACCUUGUUCGCUCAUCAAGGACUGCAGUAUUACAGGGAUUGCUAUCUCCGAGGCUCGGUGGAUUUCAUAUUCGGCAAUGCCACGGCUUUGUUCCAGAACUGUGACGUGUAUGCGGACGUCAUCGACAAGGGAUUCCUGACCGCACAGGCCAGAGCGACAGCGGCUGAGAACACAGGAUUCGUGUUCCGCGGGGGUUCGGUGACCGGGACAGGACUGGUGUACCUUGGCCGGGCAUGGGGUCUAGCCGCCAAAGUUGUCUUCCUGGAAGUCUACCUUGGUCCAGUCGUUAAACCGGAAGGAUGGGAUAGAUGGGGCAAACCCACGAACGCAAUCUUCUACGGAGAGUACAGUUGUUCCGGACCCGGAUCAGCCAGGGCUGGGAGAGUGGGCUGGGCGUUCCAAUUAACUGCUGCACAGGCACGGCCAUUUUUAUCUCCGAACUUCAUCCAAGCGUCCACAUGGUUGCCUACCUCGGGCCUCCCCGCCCAAGCCGUGCCGUACUAGGCAUCACCACAAUAUACCAGUGGUACCAACUAAUUGAUCGCGCAACGUUUGGGAGGAAAUGAGUAGUACCUGCGUGCGCUCGUCCUCGUCACCGCCACCCCGACCCCCAUGCCACCUCUCUCUCUCUCUCUCUCUCUCUCUCUCUCUCUCUCUCUCUCUCUCUCUCUCUCUCUGUGUGUGUGUGUGUGUGUGUGUGUGUGUGUGNCUCUCUCUCUCUCUCUCUCUCUGUGUGUGUGUGUGUGUGUGUGUGUGUGUGUGUGUGUGUGUGUGUGUGUGUGUGUGAGUGAGAGAGAGAGAGAGGGGUUCGCGUCACUUCUUCGUUAUGGAAAGGAGGUAUCUUCUUUCGAGCUUGAUAUACGCUGCUGCUGAGCCUCGCUUUCGUGGUGUGGGGAAGUGCACCUGCUGGCAGCCCGGAGCCAAGUCCCUGUUAGAUAUCCAAGAUCAACGGCGAAGGUGACUUAAUCCGUGCAAGUAUUUUUUUUUAAUAAUCUAUGGGCACAACUCUCAACCUUCUUCUGCUGUUUCUGUUUAUCCAAGUAGUUCCAUUCGAGCUUACCUUCGUAUUUCAUCAGUUCAUGGGUGUACCAACUGAGCUAGGCCCGGUGUUCUACCUUCUGCUGUCUCUUUCUGGUUAACCAGCUUGUUCUGAGUACUUUUUUUUCGUUUUUCAAUUCACCUUCCACUACCUAUACUCCUAAGGCUAUACAGGGGAGCUUGCAAGCAUAGGUACCUCACAAUGAAGUAAGGGAUUGCAUGUUGCCCCUUGCCCUAGUGCUUUAGGGUGCAGCGUUGGGGCCGCUGGUGGGGGCCUGGCUAACGCAAAGACAGAGCAUUUUGCCAGGAGCUGUGCCUCCCUUUUCCCGCUGGUGGGGGCCUGGCUAACGCAAAGACCGAGCAUUUUGCCAGUAGCUGCGCCUCCCUUUUCAUAUUUCCCCACCCCCAUCGGCUGAUAGCAGUGUCUAAGGCCAACACUGUGUGUGGCGUGUUAGAGAGUGUGUUGUCCUUAGACACUGCUGUUCUGAGUACUUCAAAUUUUAAAUUAUUCAUAUUCUAUUUUCGGUUGAAAGGAGGAUAGCUCCUGCUGUUGCCAUAUUCAUCAGCAGGUUCCUCCAGAAUUCGAACUCGUGAUCAGUUCAUUAAGUUAAACUUCAUUACAGUC